UUUCUUAAAGUAAGUUCUUCGAGAACUGGGAUUUUGUUCGCUUUUUCAGAACUGUGUCCUCUUCUACCAGAACAGGGUCUGGCAUGCAGUGGGCACUAAAUAAGUCUUCGUUAAAUGCAAGAGUUAAUGAAUGAUAUACUUGGUCACGUCAAAGGGCGGGGUGGGGACAGUGCAAACAAUAGAGGACAUCCUGAGUCGCCAAGGAGACGGGAUCUUAGGAUUUAGCACUAGAAUCCCCGUCCUAGAGAUAAGAGUGGAACCCAAAUCUCUGAACGCCUUCCCACCACCCCAUGCUACUACCCAUUAAUGAGAUGACGAAGUAAUAGUUAGCACUGUCUUAGGAGAGGCUCAAUCGGUCACGGGGCAUCUAUGUAACUUACGAUUACAACAGUGGAGGGCUGAUUGGACCGUCACCUUACAAGUGGGCGUUCUAGAAUCUCCAUUAAGCACGACCAGGCCCGCACUUUCCUUAACUUUUGACAGAGGGGUUAGGAGGCAGCGUGUGAUAGCUUGGAUGGUUCACCGCCGCCCCGAGUCCUCUCUCCUCUCUGCAGUUGAGGUUUCGGGUUUCAAUCCUCCCAGGACCGCGAGACGUUGCAGCGAGCACGGUGCGGCCGGCGCCCCCGCCUCCGCGCCUCCGCCCCGGCCGCUCGCAGAAGACAAUUUGGGCGCCGCGGCCGCGCGCUCGCCCCGCGCCAGACCCGGCUCGCAGCGGCGGCGGCGGCUGCAUCGGGGCUGCGCUGGCGGAGGGCGCUGGGAGGCGGCGAUCACAGCUGGGCCGGGACUUCCUUCCUCCACCGCAGGACAACAAAACAACCCGGCAGCAGGCACUGAGCUGUUGGCAGCUGUCUGGGCGAGAGGCACAGCGAUGGGCUCCGUGCUGAGCAGCGACAGCGGCAAAUCGGCGCCCGCCGCUGCCGCCCCCCGGGCCCUGGAGCGCAGGGGGGACCCCGAGCUGCCCGUCACGUCCUUCGACUGCUCGGUGUGCCUCGAGGUGUUACACCAGCCUGUCCGGACCCGCUGCGGCCACGUAUUCUGCCGUUCCUGUAUCGCUACCAGCCUAAAGAAUAAUAAGUGGACCUGUCCAUAUUGCCGGGCAUAUCUUCCUUCAGAAGGAGUUCCAGCAACUGAUGUAGCCAAAAGAAUGAGAUCCGAGUACCAGAACUGCACCGAAUGUGACACCCUGGUUUGCCUCAGUGAAAUGAGGGCACAUAUAAGGACUUGUCAGAAGUACAUAGAUAAGUAUGGACCACUACAAGAACUCGGGGAGACAGCAGCAAGGUGUGCAUGUCCGUUUUGCCAGAGGGAAUUGGAUGAAGACAGCUUGCUGGAUCAUUGUAUCACUCAUCACAGAUCAGAAAGGAGACCUGUAUUCUGUCCACUUUGCCGUUUAAUACCUAAUGAGAAUCCAAGUAUCUUCAAUGGCAGUUUAAUAAGACAUUUGCAAGUUAGUCACACUUUGUUUUAUGACGAUUUCAUAGAUUUUAAUAUAAUCGAGGAAGCUCUUAUCCAAAGAGUCUUAGACCGGUCACUUCUUGAAUAUAUGAAUCGCUCGAGCACAACAUAAUUUUAUUAAAAGGAAGAGGAAGGGGACCAUUCGACUGCACCAUAAGAUGCUGCUCAAACAGUUGUAGAGGGAUUGUCAAUGUUUGAUGGACGAAAAUGUACAACAGAGUUAUAUGUUUGCCUAUGUUUAUUGGUAGAGUGUAUUUAAAAACUGCUUUCAUUUUGAUGGUUUAAAUCUGUCUUACAUUCUUGAGUUUCUAAGACAUUUAACAACAAAAAUUUAAGCUACGUCAGUCAAUAUAUGCAAGAGACACAGGCUAUGUAUGUAGGUGAAGGGUCUCUAUUUGCAAAUUUGAUGAUACUGAGUGUAAUACUACAUAUUAAUAACGAUCAUCAUGGUUAGGCAUGAAUACUAAUCUUUGUUCUAUGUGAAAAGAUGGAGAGUGAAGCAAAGUACAGACAUUCAAGGAAAUAUGAAAUCUGUUCCAAUGCUCUUGUUUUAAUCUCUAAUAUAAUAACACGAAUAAUUUUGUAUGGGAGUAGGAAAGGAAAAUUUUGGAAAUCCACAAAGUUCAUUUAACCAAACUGUAUUACAUAAUACUGUAACAAAAUAAAUGUUGUGUUAGAAAAGUA